CACUACACAAUGAGACUAUCUUGUCUUAUCAGAGGAAAUCCAGGUACAUUAUCGCUGAUACCUCCAGCAAAGGCAAUCAGUUUCGGUCGUAAUGUUUCGCUGGUCAGUAAUGUCGUUUGGUGAAAAGAUUCACGGGAUGUCAAAGACCGUCUUAGUUUUCAUAAUUUCCCUUUCGGUAUCGCCCAUUCUCGGGUUUGAAUUCAAGAUCAUAGGCGGACAACCUGCGGCGAUAGAGCGUUAUCCAUAUCAGGUGUCAAUCCAGUACAAUGGAGUUCACGAUUGUGGCGGUUCAAUAAUAUCUAACCGAUGGAUUUUGACAGCCGCUCAUUGUCUCGUUGGGAAGACCCCAAAGGCUUUAAAAAUCCGAAUUGGCAGCGCUAAUGUUAAUCAAGGAGGUCAUCUCAUCUCAGGCAUAUCUUCCAUAAUUUUCCACGAAAUGUACGACGACGAUAGUUACGAUUACGAUGUCGCCCUGAUAAAGCUGACGAAGGCUUUGCCGUUCAGCAGUUCGGCGCGCGCCGUCACCUUGGCUUCCUCUUCGUCCGCCGUGACCACGGGGCUUACGGCGGUGGUUACGGGAUGGGGAAAAACCACGCCCACCGGCUCGAUGUCCACCAGGCUGCAGUCCCUGAUGGUGCCCAUCGUCGACCAGAAGACGUGUCAGAAGACGUAUUUGCAUCUGAACGUGGUCACGGACAGGAUGCUGUGCGCUGGGUACAUGACGGGCGGGAAGGACGCCUGCCAGGGUGACUCUGGAGGACCUUUGGUGCACAACGGGAGGCAGGUGGGAAUAGUGUCCUGGGGAGCAAAAUGUGCAUCACCAGGAUAUCCUGGCGUCUACACUCGCGUAUCCUCGGUGCGAAGUUGGGUAACGAAAAAAGCCGGAGUGUAAGGGACCCCGCCAUUAUCUUAGCAGUAAAGAAGGAAAGCCUCGGAUAGGAGGUACUUGUUGCAACACAACAUCCUUGGCGUGUAAUUGUUUGUUGAUCCUGGCGAGAAUGGGAGGUUUCUAGAGCGCCGCUUGAAGUUAACGACACGCGUAACGAGCGUUGUGUCUCGGUAACGAGACCAGCCUAGAAUUGAGAGCCGCUGAGGCUAAUUAUCGAUAUUACAUCAGGCUGUAAAACCGAUCCUAGCUCCGGCAUUUUCUGGGAAGGCUGCGAAGUUUACAGGAUUGUUCCUCGGCGCGACUUUGUCGUCCAACUUUGUCGCGACGCCACGUGGCAGAGCUCUCUCGCCGGGGAAAAGUCGGAAAAUCGGUCCUCGUCUUCAAAGAUUUCCCCCCCAGCGAGGAGGAACUCUUCAAGGUCUGUCGGGAAAUGUCGGAAUAUCGGGUUUGAAGAUUUUUCCUGGGGAGGAGGAUCCUUUCUCGUACUUUCUAGGACUGGUUCCUCCAACGCGAUCGUGUCUUCGGGUCCGUUCCAGUGUCUUCCGGUUGUCUACGCCGCCAUUUUGGCUUUCUGAAUUUCCUCUUUUCGAUUUUCCGGGGGCAGUGGGGGACCUACGGAAAGUGCUGAUUGUUAAAACAGGACAAUUGUUGCUGAAAUGUUGCCCAGACGCCUGGAAUCGUGAACGCAGAUUUCGUCGGUUCUUUUGGUGUGGUGAGUUCGCCGGAAGUGGUCACUAUUUAGUAUUAUUUUAGCCAUUGUUCGCCAUUUAGUAUAGUAAAGAUAACUAGUAAUCCUUAUCGGAAGAGGGCCAAGGUGAUUUUAAUUUGCACUUAUGGGUGGCAGUUAAUAAUAGAUACGGCUUGGUAAUGUUUAUUAAAGGGAUUAAGUUCGAUAGCAACUAUCGUGGCAGAAUUGGAAGCAACUAAUAUUUUUCAUUACGUGAUAUUUAUUACUGGCAAUUUUAAUUUCUUUCUAAUAUAUUAAUCAAUAGUUAGAAAUUACAAAAAGGAAUCAGUAGGUGC